AUGAAGCUGUUCGUAUUGUGCUCCCUGUUGGCCCUGGCCGCCGCUCAGCCCGCCAAGAACGACCUCUGGAAGGGUAGCAGCAUGGACCAGAUGGUGGACCAGACGAAGAUCGAGUGCGCGCAGAAGAACGACGAGGUUUCCUGCAUGAAAUUCAAGGUCCUGAACCUUCUCGACCAGAUCUUCCGCAAAGACAGCUUCAAGGUCUCUGAAACCGUGGAGGUGACUCGCAACUCGUACCCCGUGGAGGAAGUCUCCGGCCGCAGCGAAGGCUCCUUCCUGGAGAACGUGCAGACCUACCUGUCCUCUCACGACGUGACCUUCAAGCUGCCAAUGGAGUCGUCGGUGAAGGUGAGCGCCAGGAACAUCGACGACGAUCAGCUCACCUUCGACGUGAAGUUCGGUCAAGGUCGUGCCGUUGAAGAGGCUCGCAAGUCCAAGCUCAAGAAGGUCGUCAUCCCCAUCCUGGUCUUUGUCCUGCUCAAAGCUAUGACGCUCAUCCCUCUGGCUAUUGGUGUCCUCGGUCUGAAAGCCUGGAACGCUCUUCAGCUCUCGUUCUUCAGUUUCAUCGUCGCCGUCGGCAUGGCCAUCUUCCAGCUGUGCAAGAAGAUAGCCGCUGACAGCCACGGAGCAUCGCUGUCCGCUCACGGGCCAUGGGAGUACCAGGCUCAGUACAGGUCCUUCCAGGACGACGCGCAGCCCUCGUCGGUGUUCGCGCAGAACCUCGCGUAUUCCGCGCACGCGCAGUCGUAA